AUGUCAGGCGACAAGCCCCUCCCGUUUCAGUACCAAUUCGCCGCCGGCGCAAUUGCUGGCGUCUCAGAAAUCCUGAUCAUGUACCCCCUCGACGUGAUCAAGACCCGCGUCCAGCUCCAAGGCGCUAAGCCAGUGCCCGGCCAAGAUUACUACACCGGCAUGCUCGACUGCUUCCGUAAGAUCGUCAAGAACGAAGGCGCCUCCCGCCUGUAUCGCGGCAUUGGCGCCCCGAUCAUGAUGGAAGCGCCCAAACGUGCCACCAAGUUCGCCGCGAAUGACUCCUGGGGCAUCUUCUACCGCAACCUCUUCGGCAUGGAGAAAGCCAACCAACCCCUCGCGAUCCUCACUGGUGCGACCGCUGGUGCAACCGAGAGUUUCGUCGUAGUGCCGUUCGAGUUGAUCAAGAUUCGGCUACAGGAUCGGGCGAGCGCAGGGAAGUACAAUGGGAUCGUGGACUGCUUCAUGAAGAUCGUCAAGAACGAGGGACCGUUGGCGCUGUACAAUGGGCUGGAGAGUACGCUGUGGAGGCACAUUCUGUGGAAUGCGGGUUACUUUGGUUGUAUUUUCCAGGUCAAGGCUCUGCUGCCGACGCCGACAAAGGGAAACAAGACUCAAGCCAUGGUCACAGACUUCACUUCAGGUGCGAUCGGUGGCACGGUAGGCACGAUCCUCAACACGCCGAUGGACGUGGUGAAGAGCCGCAUUCAGAACACAACUCGGGUCAAGGGUGUCGCGCCAAAGUACAACUGGGCCUGGCCUGGUCUAGCAACGAUGAUGAAGGAGGAGGGCUUCGCGGCGCUGUACAAAGGGUUCCUACCAAAGGUGUUGCGACUGGGUCCAGGUGGCGGCGUGCUGCUUGUCGUCUACACCAACGUCAUCGAGUGGUUCCGGAGAAUGGGUGCGACGCCGGUGGGCUUGUGA